CAACACAUGUUUUUACAGAUAUAAGUUUCGGUUUGAUUUUGGGGAAUACCCGUGCCGGUAAAUAUGUGUUGGUUACAUUAGAGACAAACAUUGACUCUGACUAUUAGCUUGCGAGUCAUAAAUUUUUUAAAUGAAAAUUAGAUAAUGUCAUGUCUUCUUUUUAAAAUUGAAAGAAAUUAUUUAAGUUUGAACUUGCUGGUUUGUGGCUUACUUAUUUAAAUGUGAAAAGCUAAUUGCUUUUGUUCGAUGUUUCCUCAUUAGGAAGACUGAUAUAAUCUCUUGAAUUAUGAAACACUGCGAAAUUGUCAUCUUCAGGUGAUAGAGUUAAAGAUUUAAAGCAUCUUUUGUUCUAAGAAUGUCAUCAACGGAGCCUCCAGAUUCUUCUCUCCAAAACUCACUCUUCAGUGGGUCCGCUCGAGGAAGAAACAUGCAUCCAAUAUACAACAGAGGUCGUCGGUUAGAUUUCCCUAAAAAUGUCCGGACUGAAAAUACCCAAUCAGGUACCAGAAACAGAACAAACGGUAACGGACCACCAAAUCGCAGUAAUUUUCAAGGAAGAAGGGGUUUUGACCAAAGAAACAAGAAUCAAAAUCAUAAGCCGAAGGUAGAACAAAAUCAACACCUUUCUCAGAGUGAUUCAAAGACGAUGUCACUGGAUUCUAUGAAAUCUUUGUUGCUGCUACCGACUCCCGAGGAGCUUCUAUUAACUAUUCUUCUGGAAGAAAAUGGAUUUUUCUUAUCGCUGCAUCAGGCUACUGAUUGGGAUGCAACAGCAACUAUGUUGUUAAUAAUUGGCAAAGCUUUAUCAGCUUGUAUGCAACUUCACGUUCGUUCUUUGAUCUUUAAAAUAAAUGAUACGAAAAGUUUCCUGAGUAGAAUACAAAAGUAUUUGAUAUCUUUCCACUUGGGUUCACCGCAAAAGCAUCACCUCGACUCUUUAAUUAGCCUAUCUAGUUUACUUGCUAAGCUUCAAAUGCAAUUUCCUUCUUUGUCGUCUGAUUUGCUUAUUAAACUAUUACCGCAACUCCGGAAAACUUGUGAUGAUUUCUUGGUCCACUCUGCUGAAUAUGAAGCCGUUAAAGAAACUCUCGAUGACAUCAAUAACCGAAAUGAUUUAUUUCUAGAAAACUUCACUCCUUCUCAAGCAAAAACCAUGUGUGAAAACGAAAAACUGCAACUUGCUGAACCACCAGAAAAUUAUCGCUCUAUUCCUGUUUUGCCGAUUGCAGAAGACAUACGCUCUUCUGCUUUCCUUCGUCCUAACUUAGUAGCCGGUAGUUACGAAGGCACAGAACAUUACCUCGAUGUGCAAUUUCGUCUUUUAAGGGAGGAUUACGUAAAACCGUUACGUGAUGGAAUAGCGGAAUAUCAAGAUUUGAAACAGAGUGGAAAACCUUUGAAAAAUUGUAAAAAUGUACGAGUAUACGAAGACGUGCAUAUUAUUUCCCAGCAGUAUGUAAAUGCUGGUCUCGUUCAUAUUGCUCUAUUUUCCGAUGCAAACUUUGUCGACAUAAAGUGGGAAUAUAGCAAACGUUUCCUUACGGGCUCUUUGCUUUGCUUGACUGAUGAUGAUUUUGAAACAAUGCUUUUUGCAACUGUUGCUGAGAGAAAUAUAAAGAAGUUGGCAGAAGGCAAGCUUAUUUUGCGUUUUGAGGAGUUAACUGAUGAAGUUUUAAGUCUCAGCCCGCAAAGAAAUUUCACUGUCAUUGAAACCACUGCCUAUUUCGAAGCUUACCGCCACAACCUUAAAGCUCUGUCUGAACUAGAUGAGGAAAAGUUACCUAUGCAACGGUACAUUGUAAACGUGGAGAAAGAAGUUUCUAAACCUGCAUAUUUAAAUGAAAGUACUAUGUAUGAUUUUCGUCCUCUUCUCAUACCUUUAGAUAAGCAAUUGAUCAAACUGGAUGUGAUGGAAACAACAGUUAGAGGGGGGAGAAUAAGUAGAAUGGUAACUGAUGCAAAUUAUACAUAUCCACCAGAAGUAGAAGUAAAUGCUAAAAAAAUACCAGUUCUAAAUGAUAAUGCUUGGCCAUCAUGUACUGAGUUAAGCCUGGAUCCUUCUCAGUUCGCUGCUUUGAAAUCUGCUGUAACCAAAGAAUUUGCUGUUAUUCAAGGUCCACCGGGGACUGGUAAAACAUACAUCGGCCUAAGAAUUGUGCAGUUGCUAUUGCAUAAUUUCAAUAAAAAUGUGUCUUUAAAAUUGCAAAAAUCUCCAAUUUUGAUAGUGUGUUACACGAAUCAUGCUUUAGACCAGUUUCUCGAGGGUGUUUCUGUGUUCACUCAAAAAAUCGUCCGAAUCGGUGGUCGAGGAAAAACCGAAGCCCUGGAAAAGUUUCAGCUAUUGAAUUUAAAACGGCAUUUGAACUAUAAAUCAAAUAUACCCAACUCAGUAUUUGAUAAUAUUCAAUCGAAACAAAGAGAACUGUUUGAUUUAAGGAGACAGAUAGAGUCGAAAAGGUUAUCUAUGGAAAUGUCGAACCAAACAGUUUUAAAAAUUGGAGAUAUUAGCGAGUGCAUUCCUCUUGACCAUAAGUAUUCAUUAAUUUCUCAUGGAAUUACUGGUAAGAACGAUGUGUUACACGAAUGGCUUGGUUUGUCUGAAGGAGCUGUUAAUAGUUUGCAGUAUGAAGAGGUUGAAUUUUCUGAAUCCGAUGAGGAAAACGAGGGGACUGAUUUAUCUUUUUUCCCUGUGUAUUCCAUCGAAUUGAGUAACAUUACUUUAAAUUUAAACGAGCCUAUGCAAUGGAAGUUUUUUAAAAAUGGUGCAGACUGUAAAGAAAUGAUUAAUGAAUGUAUUUCAAGUAUCUUAAAGUAUUGUACUCCUUUGUCUGAAAAUGCGGCACAUCACAUAAGAGAUGUUAGUAGGUUGAACUGUUUUGCAAGAUGGCAACUUUAUAAAUAUUGGGUGACUUUUUUUAUAAGAAAUCUUCAAAGAGAGUAUGCCACCCUUGAUGAUGAAAGAAAAAUCAAGCAAGAGCAAAAUAAACGAAUCCAAAAACGUUAUAUGCGGGCGCACAGAGCAGACUUGGAAAAAUUGAAUAAAGCGAUCGCUUUUAAAAGAAAUUCUAUGAAAGUAGCUUCAAAAUAUGUUGUAAGCGAAGAGAUGUUGGGAAACUGCAUACCAUCUCAUCAAUUUCAUUCUCUUAGAAGAUUUAAUAAAAUUAAUUUUGAGAGAAAUCAAGCAAUAUUUAAUUGGCUACAAUUGAAAUUGAUAAAUGAAGACGACGUCCGUGAACGUAUACGGUUACAUCAGGAGUUGCAAAAAGUGGCUGAUUAUUUUAAAGAGCAAUUUGAAAUUUCUGUAGCGGGCAAUCAUUUUAUCGAUAUAGAAGAGGAAUUAGAUGAAGCAGAUAUCGAUGAUAUUGAAUACAUAGAAGACCAAAGAAAAAUUGACUCGGAAGAAUUCGCCGACGUAUCUUUUGAUUUACCAGCGCAAAAGCGUAAAAGAAAGGUCGUUGCACCACAAAAAAGUGAAUGGAAAACACAGGGCGGCAAGAAAGGCUUAAAAAAAUACAUUCGCCAAAAGCUUUACGACAACGAAAAAAUGUCAGAAGUAGAAGCAAGUGAUAUAAAUGAUGUUUGGAGGCUUUCUAUUGAUAAAAGAUGGCAGUUAUAUAAAUUUUGGUGGCAACUGUAUAUAGAAAACAAGCAAGCGGAAACCUUAGGUACGCAACAAAAAUUUCGAGAACUGUAUAAAGAGCUUAAUGAAUUGAGAUCCUUGGAAGAUGGGUAUUUGUGUCAAAAAGCAGACAUUGUUGGCAUGACAACAACUGGAGCAGCUAAGUACAAACACAUAAUUGAAUUCUUAAAUCCUAAAAUUGUGAUAGUUGAGGAAGCAGCAGAAAUAUUAGAAAGCCAUAUUGUUACUUCUCUUGCUCCAAAAACUCAACAUGUUAUAUUAAUUGGAGAUCAUCAACAGCUGAGGCCCAGCCCUACUGUUCAUUUGUUAUCUGUUAAAUAUAAUUUAAAUGUGUCAUUGUUUGAAAGAAUGGUAAAAAAUGGAAUGGAAUGCCAACAGCUCAAAAUUCAGCAUCGCAUGAGACCUGAUGUGGCAAGAUUACUCGUGCCCCAUAUCUACAAAGAUUUGGAGAAUCAUGAAUCUGUUUCAGAGUAUGAAAACAUCAAAGGAUUCGCAAAAAAUGUAUUUUUCUUAUCGCACAGUAAUCUCGAAUUUCAAGAAGGAGAUUCAAAGAGCAAAGUAAAUCAGCAUGAAGCAAGAUUUUUAAUUAAACUGUGUAGAUAUCUCAUUCUACAAAACUAUGAUCCUUCUCAAAUUACAAUUUUGACGACUUAUUCUGGACAGCUAUUUGAGAUUAAAAAGUUGGCGAAAGGAAUACUCGAAGGGGUAAGAAUUACAGUUGUAGAUAAUUUUCAAGGUGAGGAAAAUGACAUAAUACUAGUUUCAUUCGUGCGAUCCAAUCAAUCGGGGGAAAUUGGUUUUUUGAAAAUUCCUAAUCGAAUCUGUGUUGCAUUAUCUAGAGCAAAGAAAGGUCUCUAUUGUAUUGGCAAUUUUCAGGUUUUAGCCGAAAACAGCAUAAUUUGGAGUAAAAUAAUUGCUUUAUUGAAAGAGACUAAUAGCAUAGGAAACUCACUUGAACUUAGAUGUCAAAAUCACCCAGAAAUGUGUAGUUUUGUUGCGAAUGAAAAUGAUUUUGUUCAGGAUGGAGGUUGUAAUUUAAUGUGUGAGUUUCGCCUUGAAUGUGGGCACGUUUGUCCUAGAAAGUGUCAUCCUGAUGACCAGGAACACUUGAAGGUCACUUGCUAUAAGCCUUGCGGGAAAUCUUGUUCCGAAGAUCACCCAUGCCAGAAAAAAUGUUUUGAAAAAUGUGGUGAAUGUCGUGUUCCUGUCAUGAUAAAGAUUGAAGAGUGUGGCCAUGAAAUAGAAGUAGCAUGUUUUCUUAAAUAUUGUGAGCUUAAAUGUUCUGCGAUUUGUACAAAAAUUUUACCAUGUGGGCAUGAAAUAAAUGUAGCCUGCUACCGCAAAGACCGAGAAAUAAUCUGUCAUAAAACUUGCAUCAAAAUGCUCACCUGUGGUCAUGAAGUUUCUACUGAAUGCUUUAUGCAUAUAGAAGAAAUAAAAUGCCUUGAUAAGUGCAAAAAACUCUUAUCAUGUGGUCAUAUUUGCCCCUCCAAGUGCAGUGAAAAUUGUUCCACUAAGUGUGAAGUAUUGUGCAAGAAACUUCUACCAUGUGGCCAUGAAACAAAUAUUGCAUGUUACCUCAAGGAUAGUGAAAUAAAAUGUACUGAAACUUGCAUCAAAUUGCUCCCCUGCGGUCAUGACGUUUCUACUGAAUGCUUUAUGAGUAUAGAAGAAAUCAAAUGUCUUGACGAGUGUAAAAAAUUCUUACCAUGUGGUCAUAUCUGCACCAACAAAUGCAGUGAAAUUUGCUCUACGAAAUGUGAAAAAUUGUGCACUUUUAAGUCCACUAUUUGUGACCACGAUUUCAAAGAUAAAUGUUACAAUAAAGGUAAUUCAGAAUAUCUUAUGAAUACGUGCCGCACACCGUGUGAUGCAAUAAUGCCAUGUCAUCAUUUUUGUGAAGGCACCUGUGGGCUUUGUCACCAGGGCCGUUUGCACAUCGAAUGCAAUAAGAAGUGCAAAAAAAUAUUGAUUUGUGGCCAUGGAUGUGAAUCGAUUUGUUCCAAAAGUUGUCCACCUUGUAAAAAAUGGUGCACAAAUUGGUGCGACCACAAUAAAUGCUCCAAAAGGUGCGGUGAAUUGUGUGAUCCGUGCUAUAAACCAUGCACGUGGGCCUGUAUUCAUAAACGGUGUUCACGUUUGUGUCAUGAACUGUGUGAUCGUACUCCUUGUGAUAAAAAUUGUCCAGAAAUAUUAGAAUGUGGUCAUGCUUGUUUAGGCUAUUGUGGCGAACCGUGUCCUGAAGUCUGCAAAAUUUGUGAUCCCGAAAACGAACUAUUCGAUUUAACGGAAAAGCGUACAUUAAGAAGUGGAAGGGUAAUAUCUAACGAAAAAUAUAUAUUGUUGGAAGAUUGUAACCAUGUAUUUGAAUCAGAAUUUCUAUCUCGGCAUUUAAACCAAGAAGGUUCAGAUUCUAAAAAUCUUCGGGUGAAAAGUUGCCCCAAAUGUGAAACAGUGAUAAGAAAAAAUUUCCAUUUUGGAAACUUGAUUAAAAGUUACAUAAUCGAUGUUAGGAAAGUCAAACUCAGAGGAAAAGCAUUAAAUGAACAAACCAGUGAAGUAUUGCCAGUUAUCAGAAUCGAAGCUGAACUUUUGAGCGAUGAUUAUUCCUCUUUAAAAUCUGUUCUUUCAUCGAAGAAAAACAAAACCAAUCGAGAAAUAAUGGUUAUGAAAAAUUUCAUUAAAUUGAUUUUAAUGUUCGAAAAUGUAAAAUUUUUUGAAAUGAACGAACCUGACCUGAAGUCUGCUUGCAUACCGUAUACCACAGAAUUGAUAUCUUAUAUGAAAACUACCAUGUCUUGGAUUUUUCCUAUUCUUCGUGACGAUUAUUUAACUUCCUCUGAUCAGCAAAUGCAGGAACUAAAUUGGGAAAUAGUUCGUUUGACUUUAAUAAGUAAAUUUUUUCAGUACUUUCUUCGUCAGACUUUCACAGAGCGUACGAAUCUUCUUGUACUUCACAAACAAAAACAUUGGAGUAACCUUAUAAAGUACAUUAAGACUUAUAAGCCUUUCAGGGAUUCAGAUUUGCUGAAAUGUACUUCGGAGUGGGCAGCUUUAUCGAAUUCGAGUUUUAGAGAACUGAAUGUUGAAAAAAUCUUUCUUACACGCUUCAUUAACUAUUCCUUAAAGCAGUGGCAAAAAUGCAAAUUUGGACAUUUAUAUUUUGCUGAAUGUGACGAAGAAACUUUUUGCCAUGAGUGUGGAUAAGAAAUCACAAUGCGUGAAGUAAUAAUGUAUUAUCAGUUAUUAACUUACACACAAUACUUUUAAAAGAAUGGGAUUUUAUUCUGUGAUUAAUGCUAGUUUUAUUGAGUUGUAUGCAUAAUGCAUUGAUUUUUCUGUAAUUUCUGGAAUCAAAAUAUCAUUUAGCUUAUCAUUUUCCUUCGUUGAGACUUUCUGUAAUUCAACGAAACUUUUUGUGCCUUACAAACUAAAACAUUGGAAUUACCUGAAGAAAUAUAUUAUGACUUAGACUUUCAGAAAUUCAGAUUUGCUGAAAUGCAUUUCAGACUGGGCAGCUUUAUUGGGUCUGAGAGAACUUAAUGCAGAAAAACUGCAUCUUCCACGCAACAUUAACUCUUCCUUAAAGCAGUCGCGAAAAUGCAAAUUAGGAUAUUUAUAUUUUGUGAUUGCGACGUUGAAACUUUUGCAUUAAGUGUGGAUAAGAAAUCAAAUAUGUGAAUUUAUAGUACAUUAUUAAUUGUUAACAUAUGCACAAAGAUUUUGAUGGUAUUUAAUUUUAUUCCGUAAUAAAUUCUAGUUUAACUUUGUAGUUUA